UUCUGUAAAAAAUUAUUCAUAAUUAAAAUGAGCAAACAACUGUGAGAAAAUACAUCACAGAGGUAAUCUAAUCAUAAUCACUUUACAUGAUGCCACUGUUUCUAUUGGCAGUCAGCGAGAUGUAACGAGAGCAAUAAUAAAAAAUAUAAAUAAUGGAGUUACUUGUACCGGCUAUUUCUGAUAUUGUAUUUCAAUACUCAUGGACGAUUAAAAAUUACAAUAAAACUAUAACUAAAAAUAGUUUUAUCGACAGUCCGAAUUUUGAACUCAACGUUAAUGGAAUCCGGAGCUCAUGGAAUUUGUCAAUCAGAUUUUGGAAAGGUCCAGAAGGAAAAAGGCUAAAGAAUCCAAUAGUCUUGUGCCUAAAUAUGCUAAACUGCAAAGUUGAAGCAGCAGAACAAGCAAAGAUUCGCUUUCAAUUUGGAAUUUACAAUGCGGAAAAAAAUAAAUGGGAGUUUUUUAGUAUUCGCAGAACUAUUCUGGAGCUAAAGUCAACUAAAGAUAUCGCAUCAUUGGGGUAUCGAGAGCUAUCGGUCGGGGAGAGACAUCUGAGGAGUGAAACGGUCAAGUUGAUGGUAAAGAUACAGAUACAAAUUACUGAGUGUGAUGACAAGCAUAAUUUAACUCAGGAUGCAUUGAGGUUGACUAAGCAUCUCAAUGCGGAUACGAAAUUUGUCUGUGGCAGCAAAGGUCAAGACGAAAUUCCAGGGCAUACAAAUGUCAAAGCUGGGAGCAGUGACUUGCCAACGAAUAUUGGGAAGUCUUCUACUAAAGACAGUAGCCGGAGAUCAAACGACCAUAAUGACAAAUAAUUAAACUAAUUACUUCAAUAUUCAAUUAUUAUAUACAUUAUCAUGUUAAAAAUUACUUAAACUAACGAUUUUUUAUGGAAAAAAAAAUUAUUUGUAACAUGAUCCUGAAAUUAACAAUAGUUUGAUUUUUUUUUUUCAACAAAUCAAUAAAAAAAAAUGCACAUGUAGAAAAUUUAAAAAACUACAGGUGCAAUUUUUUGAAAUAAUUUUUUUUUAUAGUUUAUCGUUUAUAAAA